GAGUCGAAUCACCGCGCCUAUAGAAGCUACAGUUAGACUCGCUGAGCCUCGCUCGAUUCACCCGUGUGAAUUGAGGUGAUAUUUUCACGUAUAAUUAACAAAAAAAUUAAUUAUAAUGUAAAACGCACCGGAGAUCUGACUAAAUCCUUCGCGAAUCGAAAUUUGACAUCGAGUUCCCGUGUCACGUGAGAGUGUGGUUGUCGGCGUCCGAUCGAACGGAGAGUUCAGUUUAUUUUUAGCGGGGUAACGAGAUGGCGAUUGGACCUCGGGGGGUCAUGAGAUCGGAGGUCGAAGGCGGUUUGACGGGCCCCGCGAAUCCGAUUCCAGAGGAAUCUAUCGAUUGUGGUUGCGGGCAGUUGCCAUGCCCCAAAUUAGCGAGGUUUGCGACGCGACGCUUCUUCCUUGGCCUCGUGGGCUGCAUAGGGUUCAUGCAAUCCGCUGCUCAAACUUACAUGCAAGUCACCAGUCCUUCCAUAGCGAGAAGAUUUCAAUUGAAUCCCCACGUAAUUGAAUGGAUCGUCGUAUUGCCCGAGAUGACGCCUGUGAUUUUCGGCCUGCUGGUAGCGUACUGGGGGGACAGAAUUCACAGGGUCGCUUGGACGGGAGGAUUGGUGAUAAUCCAGGGAAUAGCUUACAUUUCACUGAUCAUACCGCACUUGACCAGUAAAUCAAAAAUAAUCGAAGAGCCGAGCAAUGUCACUCACAUGUCCCUUUACUCUGAUGACAGUCCGGAGCUAUGUUCCCCGGCAGUGUCGUUGUUGGUGAUAAAGGAGACGAGCUCGGGCUACUUGGCAUUAGCCCUGAUAAUCGGGGUGCAAAUUUUAGCUGGUAUCGCGCAGAUCGCGUAUUACGCAUUGACCCUUUCCUACCUAGAUGACAAUACCAAGAAAAAAAGCGUCGCCAUUUACAUCAGCAUCGUUCUGGCCGUCAGAUCCCUCGGAGUACUAAAAGGAUACGUAUUGGCGUACUUCUGCCUGAGGAUAGACGCUGAUAAUUUCCAUCCCGUAGAAUCGUAUCAGGAACAAAUCGGAGCAUGGUGGAUAGGCUGGCCACUUUUGGGUCUCAAUCUACUGAUUCCCGGUAUCAUACUGGCUAUAUUCCCAAGAAGGUUGCCAUCCGAGAUUGUGGAGCAAGCAGCGGCAUCCAUUCUCGACAGUGUGAACGGGUCCAGACGUAGCAGUUUCAAAUCAUAUCGUCAGGUGUUCGAAAGUAGCACCUUCUUGUCAUCGAUCGGCAGGUUCUUCGAGAAUAAAAUAUUGAUUUUCAAUACAGUCGCGGGGAUGUUCGUUAUGGCGGCACUCGUCAACUUUAUGGCCAAUGAGCACAUAUUUCUGGAAUCGAGAUAUUACAUUCCCAGACCAACGGGAAUGUUUGUUGGCUUCGGCGAUCCCUGGACCUCCAGAUUACUUGGAACUACCUUAAAACCGGUCAUCGUGGGGUUCACCGUCGUAAUUACCGGAGUGAUUAUCGCAAGGGCGAGGCCUCAGGCGUCAUACGUUGCCGGCUACAACGUUUUCGCCGUGGCGAUAACUGCUACGAUAUUCCUUGCUCUGGCGUUUGCCACCUGCGAAAAACCGUCCAUAGUUGGAAUGCGUCGAAACACACUCAGUCUGCUGAAAUACUGCAACAAGAACUGUCGAUGUUCGAACGACGCGGAUUUUCGUCCGGUCUGCGACAUGCAGGGUAAAUUCAUAUUCUACAGCGCUUGUCACGCGGGAUGUACCAGCUUCGAUUUUGUCGACGACGUGAAAGUUUACCAACAAUGUUCCUGCGUCGAAGAAAUGCUCGGCUUGGGGAAUACCGAUGCCGUCGACGGUCCCUGCCGUUUGGCGACUUGCCACAUGGGUUGGAUCAUUUUUCAGGUGAGCUCGGUACUGAUUUCGGUACUGAUAGCAUCGUCGGCUGUCGGAAGUAUCAUAAUAAUAUUCCGAAGUCUAUAUCCCCAAGACAAAGCCCUGAGCAUCGGUUUUCAUAUGACGUGGAUCGCCUUUUUCGUCUACAUUCCGGCGAAGAUAUUGUACGACAGGAUCAUAGACAGAACCUGCAUACAUUGGGGGGCCAACGAAAUCAUGUGUCAUCUCUACGACACCGACCGACUCGGAAAUUAUCUCUGCUACCUUUCAGCGGCUAUCACGUUCGUGGGUUUCAUCUUUCAAUUUCUAACGUGGGUCUUCAGCAGAAACUUACGCCUUUACGGUAUCAUGGACAAUUCUCCACAUCUGGGGACCGAACUGCAGAACAUCCAGGCCUCGCCGUUACUGCACGCGGGCGAUCUCGGACCUGGGACUGCCAAAUCCGGCAACGCCAGCGACGACGAAGUUAUCGGUGCCGAUCGAGCGGGGGUUGAGACUACAAUCGUGACGGUACAUCCUGCAACAUCGUCCCCUGAAAGUGAAUCUCAAGCCGCGGUAGAGGCUGCAACCCAGCAAAACGCUCCGUUGAGAUUCGGGCCCUUGGGUGCAGGGAAUACAAGAACGGAUCGUAGUGCACCCGCAAUAAACGAAGUCAUUCACCCCGUCCAUAGCACGAUUCUCGAAACAGAAGACGAGCUUGACUCGUCGAGCGAUGACGAGAAAAGUCCCAACUCGCGGCAGAGGAGCACGGAGAUCGCUUACAGGCCUUUGGAGUUGGAAUCGGACGUGGAAAGCGACCUCAACGGCACCGGCCCUAGGAGUAGGAAGAACGUGUUGGGCAAGGACUUCGACCCGGUGCUCAAUAAUAUCGGAAUAGCGUCGUUCCCCGUUCAGAAAUCGCAGAACAAGACGAGCAGUUCCGACGAAGAGGACUACCCCCACGAGGAACGGCGCAGGUCCAGGACCAAAUCGAUACAAAAGAUCAACUCUUUGAGUCCGGUUCAGGAGAGAGUGAAAGAGACCGAUUCCGAGAGGAAUGGAAACGAUAACGACGACGGUUUUUCGAAAACCGACAGCUUCGAAUACGCGCCACGAAAUGAGGGAAAAAUUGGCGCCGCCAAACCGAAAUCACCUUUACCGGUACCGUACCGAGUUACCGGUGACUUCAACGAGGUCGGAAUCCCGAUUUUAGAGUUGGAUAAGGAACCGAUCAGUCCGACCAGCCCGGUUUUUAAAAUACAAAGCAUUCAGGCGACGCAGAAUAAUUUCCAGGGACACAUGAGUCGGGAAAAUUUGGAUAAACUUCCGACGUUCCGAGAAGAUGAUAUCCCAAGAAGUCCGGACAGUCGGCCGGUCAGUUCGGAAGAGUAUAAACUGGAAGAUAUUAUCGCUGAACUGGAAGUACCGUCGCUACCGAACAGCCCACCUCCGCAGAGUAGCACGUCAUCCGGAUUUGGUAGUUUGCCACUUUCCGAAGCUGAAGAAAAGCCCGCCGGAUCAACGGCCGAUAGGGCGACACGUGGCUCGCGGGAAAGCAUCGAUAGAUCGACGCCGACUUCACCAAGCGGCAGGAAACUGCCCACAUUGAUCACCGAUUUUUAAGAUCGUUUUCCAAAAUCCCGUUCCCAUGGUCGUUCACUACAAAGUACAACUUAACGUUAUAUUAUUUUAUAUAUUUAUUCAAUAAAAUGCUAGAAUGUA